AUGGUUCAUAUAUCCAGAGUCCGAAAGGACUCCGUUGCUUUCCCCCCUAAGCUCCUCAAUCGUGUCGACACCUUAGACCUUGAGGAGCCGCAGGACCAUGACUUCUACUCCAGCGUCUAUGGUUCUCGAUUUGCGGCCGAGGAUCUCCCUACUGAUGAAAUGCCGGAGAAGGAGAUGCCCAAGGAGGUCGCUUAUCGAAUGAUCAAGGAUGAGCUCAGCCUGGACGGCAAUCCCAUGUUGAAUUUAGCGAGUUUCGUUACCACAUACAUGGAAGAUGAAGCUGAAAAACUCAUGACCGAGUCGUUCAGCAAGAACUUCAUUGACUAUGAGGAAUACCCCCAGUCAGCCGAUAUCCAGAACCGCUGUGUCAAUAUGAUUGCACGUCUCUUUCAUGCCCCCGUUGGAGAAGGUGAACACGAGCAUGACCAUGCUAUGGGAACCUCUUGCAUCGGAUCUUCCGAGGCUAUUAUGCUAGGAACCCUUGCCAUGAAGAAACGCUGGCAAAAUCGCCGCAAGGCGGAGGGGAAAGACUGCUCUCGCCCCAAUAUCAUUAUGAGCAGUGCCGUCCAAGUCUGCUGGGAGAAGGCCGCCAGAUAUUUCGAUAUCGAGGAGAAGUUCGUGUACUGCACUAACGAGAGAUAUGUCCUCGACCCUGAAGAAGCUGUUAAUCUGAUUGAUGAAAAUACUAUUGGUAUCUGCGUCAUUCUGGGAACCACCUAUACCGGUCAGUACGAGGACAUCAAGGCCGUCAAUGAUCUCCUUGUCCAGAAGAACAUCGACUGUCCUAUCCAUGUUGAUGCUGCUAGUGGUGGCUUUGUCGCUCCCUUUGUCAACCCAGGUCUUGAAUGGGAUUUCCGCCUUGAGAAGGUUGUGUCCAUUAACGUAUCUGGACACAAAUAUGGCCUGGUCUACCCUGGCGUCGGAUGGAUAGUCUGGAGAUCCACAGAGUACCUCCCGCAAGAGCUGGUAUUUAACAUCAACUAUCUUGGAGCCAACCAGGCGAGCUUCACUCUUAACUUCUCCAAAGGUGCCUCUCAGGUCAUUGGCCAGUACUACCAAAUGAUCCGGCUCGGAAAGAGAGGAUACCGUGCUAUAAUGCUUAACCUUACUCGCACGGCAGACUACCUCGCGGCCUCCCUCAAGGAGCUUGGAUUCAUCAUAAUGAGCGAUGGCAAGGGGCGUGGUCUACCACUUGUGGCCUUCCGUCUACCCCCAAAGACAGCUGAAAAGUAUGAUGAGUUCGCCAUCGCCCAUCAACUGCGUGAACGUGGCUGGGUUGUACCGGCGUAUACUAUGGCCCCUCAUAGCGAGAAACUGAAGCUCAUGCGCAUCGUUGUUCGCGAGGACUUCAGUCGUAGUCGCUGUGACAGCUUGGUCAAUGAUUUCAAGCUCGCUCUCGCUCAGCUAGAAGAGAUGGACAAGAAGACAUUGGAGAAGUACCGCGAAUACACUCGCAAGAGAGCCACAAGCAUCGGAAAGCUCGAGCGCUCCACUACAGCUUACGAGGCAGAAGAUCACUCUCUUCAGGGGAAGACUGGAAAGACUCACGCCAUUUGCUAG